CAAAUUUUUGUUCUUUUAUUUUCAAUCGGGGCCAAAAAGUAAGAAAACAGAAGAAAUAUAAAAACAACUAGAGAAAUAAAAAGCUGGUUAUGGGCCAUGGCAAUCCAUAUUCCACAACAACCCUUCUAUUAUUUUCUUUUCUUUUGAUUUCUGGCUUUCCUUCUUCUUUACUACAACAGCUACUGUUGUUGUCACCACCUUUUCCCCCUUUUUUUCCUCUCUCAAAAAACUCUUUGCUUGCAGUGCCUGCCUUCUUCCCAAAAGCGCCUCCUUUUAUUUGUCUGACUGCUUUGUUUGGUUGAUUUUUAAGUUGGAUAGAGAGAUUUAUUAUCAGCAAUGGGUUCUGGAAAUGUGUUGAAGACACUAGUGAAUAUAGUGAAGGAUGACAGCUCAAAGCAAGUGAAGAGAUCUUCAGCUUCUACAAAAUCCAAAGGCUUCAAAUGGAAGAAACUCCAGCGAAAGACGUCCAUGAGAACAAAAUUUAUUAGAGAUUCUGCUGCUCUUGGUAUGUCAAUUGAGGAUUUAGCAGCAACUCGGAUUCAAACCGCAUUCCGAGCCUAUAGGGCUAGAAAAAAAUUACGUCUAUUGAAAGGUAUAGUAAGAUUACAGGCUAAAACCAAAACUUAUUCAAUCAAAAAGCAAGCUACAACAACAUUAAAUUAUCUUCAUUCAUGGAGUAACAUACAGGCUCAGAUAAGAGCUCGUCGACUAUGUAUGGUAACGGAAGGCCGUCUUAGACAGAAGAAAAUAGCUAAUCAGCUAAAGCUCGAGGCAAAACUACAUGAGCUAGAGGUGGAAUGGUCUGGAGGCCCUGGCACAAUGGAGGAAGUUCUCACAAAGAUACAUCAGAAAGAAGCAGCUGCCGUUAAGCGGGAGCGAACCAUGGCAUAUGCCUUUUCCCAUCAGUGGAGGGCUCCCAACUCUAUCAAUAAUGGCCUUGGUAGUUAUAAACUUGCUAAAGCUAAUUGGGGUUGGAGUUGGGUGGAACGGUGGAUUGCUGUUCGCCCAUGGGAAAGACGGCUCCCAACUCCGUCGACUACCCCUAAAUCAACCCCUAAGGAACCACAGAACAAACAGACAAGCAAGGGUGGUAAAAACUCGAAUUCACCGAAGCCAAAAGCAUCAGUUUCAGUUAAACCCCCACUGUCCAAUGCGAGGGGAGCAAUGAAGCCUAGGAGGUUGUCUUAUCCUGGUGCUGAGAAACCAGCUGCUCGUCAAGUAAACACUAAAGCUGAUAAGAUAAACAUCGAAAAAGAAGAGAUAUCAACUUAGCAGCAAGCCAAAUAUAUAGUUUUAAGUGAUCAAAUCUUAUUUUCUUUUAUUUAGUUGUUGAAAAAUACAUGUAUUUAUUAUUAUACUACGCUUUUGCUUCUAAGCCUUUUUGUAUAUGAUGGGGGUGAUUCUUUACCUUUGUUGUCUUUGUUUUCUUGUCUUCUAACUUCUGUUUCAUACAUGAUGGAAAGAGACGGUAAUAUUUUCGUGGUAAUGUAAAUUUUCUUAUUUAAA